AUGGGAGGCUUUCCUUCUCCACUGGUACGCGUCGUCGAGUACGCCUUGUCCUCGCCGACUAUCAUGCGAAUCACAGACAUCGUCCUUACGAGUGCCCUAUUCAUGAUUUUCGUCGCUGCUGGAUUUUGUAUGGUUGAUUUCAUUAAGCACUUGCGUGCUUGGCUGCAGGAGGAGUGGGAGGCAGCACGAGAGGAGGAGGAGAGAGGCUGGGAGCUGGAGUUAGCGAUUAAGGAGAUGGAGUUGCAGCGUAUGAGGGCUGUUGCUGCGCGAGAUGAUGUGAGGGAGGAUCAGCUUGCAACGCUGGAGGAGAAGGGAGAAGAAGACAAAGCCCCCGUUGAAGGAGAAGAGGAAGCCGAGGAGCUGGAGAAAGCGGAGGAGGAACCCGAGCAGGAGAAGGAACAACAAGCGGCGGAGCGCACCGAGAAGGAGACCGGACAGCACGACGAGAAGGUUGUAGAGCACCGAGAAGAGCAGCUACAGCAGUCGGAAAUGAAUGAUACCGCCGCGGACCCUGAGAAGCACCUCGAGCAGAAGGAGGAAGAGCAGCAUCCAAACACAGGCGCUGGCCUCUCUACGCGACAUGAGGAUCGCAGCCACAGCUUGUACCGCGCAUAUCCCUUCAUCAACAUGGACGAUCAUGAGUACGACUCCGACGAACGAGACGAGACAUACGACGGCACACACGCGUGCCCGGCGCUGUGGGAACGAGAGUACUUGCGUCGUGAGCGGAGAAGCGAGGAACGUGAGGAGGCGAGGGACUGGGAUUGCUGGUAG